UUGAGUCUGCUGAUUUAGUGGCUUUCUCGUCACUCUUUUGUCGUAGAGUCGUUUUUUCCGACACUGGUCCUCUGAAAGAAAGAAUGUCCAUCUCGAGUUUUAUCAUCUCGACUGGAUUAUUACUGAUUGCCUAUAACACUGUUGCAGGUGAAGAGUACGAACACUUUAGAUGCUUCGAGUGCGACAGUCGUAUUUCCUUGGAAGAUUGCGAUGGAAAGAGAGUUGUAAGGGAUUGCAUUGAUAAUGCAGUUUUUAUGGACGGCGAGGAAUGGUACCGACCAAGGUUCGAUCGGUGCCUGAAAAUUGUUGACGAGACUAAGGAACCUCCGUGGUACUACAGAAGAUGUGGAUUUUAUGGUCUCUUUCUACAUUACAUUAGAGAGAAAUGCCACAGACCUCUGUGUACGAUCGAGUCUUGUUCGGAGCCACUGUGUUUAAUCGGAACUGACAUUGAAGCUGAGGAAAAACUGUAUUCUGACUAGUUAAAAUAUACAGCGAUAUUGCACAAUAAAAUGAACAAUAAGGAUUUGUUAUCCACCUUUUUUUUCUUUCCCGAAAGGUUUUACGUUGCACGCGCUAAGGGGUUUUAAGAGGACUAUAAGAAACCUGUUAAUAGUCUUAAAGGGAAUAACGUCGCCUUUGUGCGAUAGGGCGAAAUAUCUAAAAACGUAAUGCAGACUUUGAAUAUUGAGCCCUCUCUUUGCCGACUUCGAUUUUGCGGAUAAAUUACUCUCUUCGUGGAAAAAUAUCUUCCCUCCAAAAUCCCCUCGAAAUCGGUCAAAAUGGCGCUGUGAAAAGAAACAUGCGGGAUUCCUCCUUGAGGGAUACGUACAUCUUUCUUUGUAUCGUAUAUGAGGAAAUACUAGAUACUUGUCAUUAUCAUGAUCAUUACGAUAGUCUUUUGUGUUACUUUCAGGCAGCACCCCCACUACACAAGUGGCAGAUUACACUAACCUGCGAGGGCUAAGUGCUAAGUGUUAACUAGAAUAUGGAACCAGGUUUCUACUUCAAGACUUGCAGUAGGAGACUGAAAUGUCUUAUUAAAACAACAGAAUAGAUAGUCAGUAGGUUAGCCAAUACGAGAACCACAUUCGUGAUAGAGCGCUAGCAGAUUUAUACUAAAGAGUUGAAGAGGUACAUCAUUUAACACUGGGCAUGAUACGCUUUCUUACAAGGUGUUUUUUUUUAAAUAGUUGAAAGUGAAUCUGCUCGCCAGCGACAGCUGCAAGGUUUCCCUAAGGCUUGAUCGUCCCUGCCAAAUGACACAUUACACAAUUCACAGAGCAAAUGUUCUCCCCUAGUGAGAGCUUCACGUUUGGGUCUAAAAUAUCACGUUUUUAAUGUUUUAGCGCAGGUGGAGAAUUAGCAAAUCUAUACGGGAAACGUUGCACCUUUUUUCGCAAAAUUAACUUUAAAAUGCGGAACACUUGUGUUUUGCAUUGCGCAGAUAGAAAAAGAGUAAAGUCGGUGUUUCCAUGAAAAGGGAAAUAGACGAAAAAAGGCUACAGCCAGAAAUCAAAGAAAGCACUUGAAUUCAUUCAUCUCUCAAAUACACUCCUAAUUUUUCAUGGAUGAAAAAUUUCACCUAAGGUACAUACAAAUGGUGCGACAUCGUAUAUAUAACUUAACGCUCCAGUACAAUUUAGGCCGCCAAAAAAUAUUCCAGUUGAAUAACGGAUAAAAACGUACCCGGUUUCUAACAGAAAGCUUCAAAAAAA